AUGGCGCGCAGGGAUACGACCGUGCGCUACGGAUUCCUCCUCCCAGUCUCCGGGGACGAGUAUAGCUUCCGAGAGGCCCCUUGGAACGAGAACGUGACCGGCGGCAAUUGCUAUAGUUACGCCAUCGGGCAUUACAAGGCCAGCGCUCGGACCAAGGCGAUGCCCGGCGACAUCGCCAUGCUCUUCGACGACAUGCACGAACCGUACGGGCUGCUCCAGCCGCUGGACCUCUCUUCGUGCACGGACCUCUCGAAGCGCAUCGUGGCGGACGGCAUCGCCAUGCGACGGAUCCUCAACGGCAACGAAAACGGCGGUCUCUUCAAUCAGAACGACACGGUGGUGAAGCCCGGCAGAGAGGAGAACCCGGCCCCGGCGGGCCACUACAAGAUCAUGACGGUCGUGGACCCCAACGACUUCCACCUCUUCCGUCAGGACAUCAUGGAUGUCUACAAUAUAUACACAUACGCCUUCACCAGCAGUCAGUACAUCUCGGACGCCUACGACUCGAACCGCCACGCGAACGAGGCCGACCACACGGCCUUCCGGCGGCUGUGCCCCGACUUCGGCCCCGCGUACUCCAACGCGGAAGCGGACCUCAACCGCGCCAUCACCAACGUGCUCAUACACGUGAAGCGCAUCCCGGAAUACAUCAUCCGGAAGGGCAACUUCAUACUAGACCCCUACUGGCUCUUGGAUUGCAGCGCCGGCCAGCUCGCCCACUCCGACUCGAAACUCCUGCGCCUCCAGACCUACUUCGCCUCCCGCGGGAAGCGCCUCCACGCCGCCACGGUGGCGGAUGCCAUCCGGGACGCCAAGAUCCUGGAGUCUGAGCCUAGGAAGACCCCCAAGAAGCACGAACUCAUCGGGCUGUGGAGCCAGAAGCUCGGCUUCGCCACGCCGGCCAUCAACACGGACGCCGACCGGAAGCUGAUCUUCAAUCCCCGCUACGCGGCCAGAGAGUUCGGGAGCUCUGGCCUGGCCUACAGGACCAUCUGCAGCACGUUCUACGUCGAGCGGAACCACGGCACGUCCUCGUUGCCGGAGGUGAGGGUCGGCGUCCGCUCGUGGACCUAG